AUGCACCUGAAAACUUUGAGGAGGAAAGCACUAGGCCGUACACCGUCCGAGAAAAUCCAGAUGCACCAGAGUACGUUCCGUGACAGAUUCCAUGAAGGUGAAGCUGGAAGGCAUGGCACUUCAACAAAAACAACGCUUUACAUUAAAUGUAAAGGUCGCUCCUUCUUUACCAGUAUUCCUACACAUUUGACAGACCCAAGCUCCUUCCUGGCCGAGAUGAUAAAACCCAACUCCCCUUUCGAACCAAUCAAAAAGGAAGGAAGCCCUGUAUAUGUGAUUGAUCGCAACCCAAGGUAUUUUGACUUCAUCCUAGAUUACCUCCGUUCCCCAGAAGCCUUUCUAAAAGUACUCCCGACAGACAAGGGCAUUCUACGUCAGAUUCAUGUGGAAUCCACUUUUUUUGGCCUCCGUUCACUGACACGAGCUGUGGAGAAGUUUUCCUCUUCCCUUUCUUUAUGGGAGGAUUGA